AAUUUACCUGUUGUUCCAAUAGAAUUGACACGUGCGGAAGAAGCUCCUAGGCUGUUCUUCCCGACCUUAUAUAUAAGCAUCCAGCUUGUUAGUCCACCCAAUGCAAAGCGAGGAGCUAAAGACAAUCCCCCCCCCAAAGCAAAACAACUCCAAGCCUCCAAAUAAUCCCCUCGUGAGAAUCCUGAGGAAAACACAAGGAGGCAAGCAAAAACAGUAUGUGCAAUACCGCGCCCUCCGCUCCGCUCUCGUUCUCCUCCAUGAAAAAGUCCAACCUCUUAAUCCCCUGCAACGAACACUUGGAAGAGGACCUCCAGAGAUGGCCUACUCUCUCCGAGGUGGUAGAGGAAAUGAGAGCUAUAGGAAGGAUAUCCAUCCCCACGGCUGUAACCGGUCUGGUCCUCUACUCGCGUGCCAUGAUCUCGAUGCUCUUCCUCGGCUACCUCGGUGAUCUCGAGCUCGCAGGUGGCUCCCUCUCCAUCGGCUUCGCCAACAUCACAGGCUACUCCGUCCUGUCGGGUCUCGCCAUGGGCAUGGAGCCCAUAUGCGGGCAGGCCUACGGUGCGAAGCAGCGCAAGCUCCUUGGCCUCACCCUCCAGAGAACCAUUCUCCUCCUCCUCUCUGCUUCCCUUCCUAUCUCCUUCCUUUGGUUCAACAUGAAGAGAAUUCUGCUAUGGUGCGGCCAGGAUGAGAGCAUCUCCUCCACCGCUCACACCUUCAUCAUCUUUGCUGUCCCGGACCUCGUCUUCCUCUCCUUCCUCCACCCUCUUAGGAUCUAUCUCAGGUCGCAGAAUAUCACCUUGCCUGUCACCUACUGCUCCUUCAUCUCCGUCGCCCUCCACGUCCCGUUGAACUACCUCCUCGUCGUGCACUUGCGAAUGGGCAUCGCUGGCGUCGCCCUGGCGAUGGUCUGGACCAAUCUGAACCUGUUUCUUUGCUUGCUUCUCUUCAUACUCGUCUCCGGAGUGUACAGGGACUCGUGGGUCAGCCCCAGCGCCGACUGUCUGAGAGGGUGGUCGGCGCUGCUCCGGCUCGCCGUGCCGACAUGCGUCUCGGUGUGCCUCGAAUGGUGGUGGUACGAGUUCAUGAUAAUGCUGUGCGGCCUGCUGGCGAACCCAAGGGCCACGGUGGCCUCCAUGGGAAUACUGAUCCAGACGACGUCCCUGGUCUAUGUCUUCCCGUCGGCACUGAGCCUUGGGGUGUCCACCCGAGUGGGAAAUGAGCUGGGAGCGAAUCGGCCUGCCAAGGCCCGGAGAGCUACAAUUGUGUCGCUGGCCUGUGCGGCUGUGCUUGGGCUGAUGGCAAUGGCGUUCACCACCUCGAUGAGGCACCGGUGGGGGAGGCUGUUCACCAAGGACGAGGAUAUUUUGGAGCUCACGGCAGCGGCCCUGCCGAUUGCCGGACUCUGUGAGCUCGGGAACUGCCCGCAGACCACCGGGUGCGGUGUGCUGAGAGGGAGUGCAAGGCCCAGCACUGGGGCUAAUAUCAAUUUGGGCUCAUUCUACCUGGUCGGGAUGCCGGUCGCCAUUCUGAUGGGGUUUGUCGCCGGCAUGGGCUUCGCCGGCAUGUGGUUGGGCUUGCUUGCGGCGCAGUUAUCAUGUGCGACGUUAAUGGCGUAUGCGCUCAUUGCGACGGAUUGGGCGGCGGAGGUGGAGAGAGCUAAAGAGCUGACAAAGGCUUCUAAUUCUUCUUCUUCUUCUUCUUCUUCUGCUACCCUUCCCAUAACUAAUGAUUCUAAUGGCAAUGGAAAUGCUAUUCGAGCUCCUAAUCAAGAGGGAAGGGACACAGCUGAUUUGGAAGAGAUUCUGUGCACUGGUGAUGAUGGCAAGAUCGCUCCUUCGGAGACAGAUCCUCUCAUUUCUGUGGAAUGAGUGGGAGUUGGUGAUCUUUUUGAUGGGGUCUUUUGGAGUGUCUUUCCCUUUAUUUGUUUUCAGCUUGUUUUCCUUGCUCUAAUCCGAUGUAUUCAGUUGACACUAUAGACGAAACUAUUUUUCCAUC